AUGUCUAACAUGAUGAACAAAUUCGCUGAAAAACUACAAGGUAACGACGAUUCUCACCAAAAAGGGAAGAGUACCAGGUCCUCCAACAAGGAAAAGGAUACAAACAUGGACAUGGGUAUGGGUCAUGAUCAGUUUGAGGGAAAGAUGAAGAUGGGACAGGAUCAGUCUGAAGGAAAGAUGAAUGCUGGUAGAGGCAUUGCAAACGACUGGAAAACAUAUGAGAAUAUGAAGAAAUAG